CCUGCUCUGGUAAAGAGGCUGACUGUCUGCAGGACAUGCUUAACGUUUGUCUAUCCAUGUUCUUCUACUAACAACCUGCAGGGUUGGCACAUAGAUGCACAGAGACUGGCGUACUGCUCCACUCAGGAGCUCUCUAUGACAGAAAUCAGAAUUCAGAAGGCACAGCAGAAGAUUGUUCACAGUUGCAUGAGAGUUACAUGUUGAGCAGUUUACGUGUUGUUGCAUUUAGCUUUAGAGAGCCAGUUUCUGUUUGAGGGCUGAUUUUUGUCAUUUGCUGUGUUUUUUGGUCUCAAACACAGUCAUUAUUGUGGAGAAAUAGCAUCUCCCAUUAGUUAAUUAGUUAGUUUUUCUUUUGACUUUUCAUCCCUCCAUUGCUUAGAGGUUGCCUUUUGACCUUUUGCCACCAUGUGGGAGUUCAGGUCCAUGUCUUUCUGGCGGGCGGUGUUCGCCGAGUUCUAUGGCACCAUGUUCUUUGUAUUCUUUGGGCUGGGGGCAGCCCUCCGCUGGACCACCGGGCCCCAUAAUGUCCUCCAUGUUGCCUUCUGCUUUGGGCUGGCGGCUGCCACCCUCAUCCAGUCCAUCGGCCACAUCAGUGGAGGACACAUCAACCCAGCUGUUACCUUUGCCUACCUGAUUGGCUCCCAGAUGUCCCUGUUCCGUGCUUUCUUUUACAUCAUAGCCCAGUGUCUCGGAGCACUGGCUGGUGCUGCCGUGCUCUACGGGGUCACGCCCAACAACAUGAGGGGAAACCUUGCACUCAACACGCUGCAGCCAGGCAUCAGCCUGGGCAUGGCCACCACCAUGGAGGUCUUCCUCACCCUGCAGCUUGUCGUUUGCAUCUUUGCCGUAACUGAUGAGAGGCGCAACGGACGCCUUGGAUCUGCUGCCCUGGCCAUAGGCUUCUCUGUGCUCAUGGGGCAUCUUCUCGGGAUGUACUACACUGGAGCAGGAAUGAACCCAGCAAGGUCCUUCGCCCCUGCUGUCCUUAUCAGGAAUUUUGUCAACCACUGGGUAUACUGGGUGGGACCCAUGAUUGGUGGUGCCAUGGGUGCUCUGCUGUAUGACUUCAUGCUGUUCCCCCGCAUGCGCGGCCUAUCCGAGAGGCUCGCCACACUGAAGGGCACCCGGCCCCCAGAGGCUGAGGGCCAGCAGGAGACCAGGGGAGAGCCCAUCGAGCUCAAGACACAGGCCCUAUAAGCCUGGAGAAGAAGAUUGGCUUUCUGACCCCCAUCCCUCACCCCUCACCUCUCACUCCUCACCCUCAGUUCCUGGUCCAUCCUCAGCCCACUCAGCAUUUCUGCACACAUACCUCCACACAUGCUAACACAGAUCCCAAACACCUUUGUUAUCCUUGUUCUGCAUCCAGAACUGGACCUACUGAAUUACAGUGAAGGGGCACCCACAGCCCUGACCAUCUCGCCUGAUUUCACCUCUAUCCAUCCUUCCUCCUCCUCCUCCUCCUCUUCCCCCUCCUCCUCCCCCUUGGACUGCAGGACAAAGAUGGAGGGUUAGAAGAAGACUUGCCACUGAAGGAAGCACCCUGUGCCCUGUGGUGUGGGGAGUCAGUUACUCCUGGCUGACCAGGUGGCUACAACUGCUCAGGACAGGGGCCUAUCUCUCUAUCUUUCUCUCCUUUUUCUCUCUUUCUGUUUUUCUCCCUAUUUCGUAGUCUGCUAGGAGUGAAGCUACAGUAGAGCAGUGGACUUCUGCAUGCUUUUCCAUUUUGAUCCAGUGUGAUCUCGCCCUUUGUUUUGUUUCGUUUAAUGAACUUUGGGUAAAUUACAUGUAUGUAUUGUACUUUGCCAGUAUUUAUUUGGCUCUCAUUCUUCUUUUCCCCUUUUUUUUUCCAGCUGUGUGUGUGUGUGAGAGAGAGAGAGAGAGACAGAGAGUGAGUGUGCAUGCAUGUCUCUGUGCAUGUGUAUGCAUGUGUGCUUGUUUUAAUAGAUAAUUUUUUUAUUUUUCACUUUUUAUUGCCACAAUCCUUUGUCUGUAACAUUUUUUUUCCCGUACAAGCAUAUUUUAGGGAAAGAUGCGGCCUUUUCCACAACCUCACUGAUACUGCAAAAGUUCAACAGAUUCCAUGUUUAGCGUGAUCCCCUUUUUAUAUCAGAUGAAAAUAAUUUAUGCCUUUGAGUCAAGUCUUAAAGCCAAAUUCAUUCAGUUUAGAGUUUGUGUCUCAUCUAGUGAAGCACACACACAUUCAUAUUUAUAUUAAAAUAAACACAAAACACAAAACUA